AUGCAAUGCUCCUGGGCAUUAGUUUUGGGACUGAGCAUUGGCUUCCAUUUGGGAGCGUGUAACUCCGAAGACAGGAGUUGGGAACUGCCAAAAGUUCGCCUAACAGUUGGUGAUAUUAGCCAUAUCUGCGUGGGCAGACAGGAGGGUGAGUUGGUGUCCCAUCCCUUGGACUGCAAUGGCUACUUCUCGUGCUCCAUGGUGCCCACCUUGCUGUACUGCGAUCAGGGCCUCCACUUCGAUGGCCAGCGUAAGAUCUGCGAUAUUCCAGAGAAGGCCAACUGCCGGCUGGGUGAUGCUAAAAAGAACGAGCUGAACUGGUGGUCCCAUAAGCCACGUCCCGUCUUCGUGGCCGUGGAUGUGACCAGUGGCCAGGCGGUGAAUCCCAUGGAGAAAUACGAUCCGGAGCAUAUAGAAUGCCGGCACUACGGAGCCUACUUUCUACCCCAUCCCACCAAUUGCCGAUUGUACUUCAUCUGCGCCUAUGGACACCUGCACCGUCAUCAGUGCGGGCGUGGCACCUGGUGGAACUACGAGGUUUCCGAAUGCCAGUUGGCCAAUGAGGCCGUUUGCUACGGUGACUCUCGGGUUUCGGAGCAAAUAACAGAUGCCCAGAUGUCGGUUGUGGAGGGCACUACCACACCAAGCAGCGGUGCUCCUGUGACCGUGUGCUAUAUUGUGGGAUCUAGUGGACUCAGCACCUUGCAGCAAUUCAUCGGCAUGGAACCGGAGGUCAGUGAAGUCACCGAAGUCAUUGAGAUGACACCUCCAACGGCACCAUCACCGCCACGUGCCGACUCCACCAAUACCUUGACCUGUCCGUCUACCAUGCAGAGCUACAUGUCGCAUCCGGAGGACUGUAGCAAGUAUUACAUAUGCAUUGGUGGCAUGCCAAUCCUGACAUCCUGCCCCAAGGGUCUCUUCUGGGAUCAGAAGUCUGGAUACUGCGAGAUGGAGAAGAAAGUCAAGUGCUUCCAGAAGUGA